GCCCCCGUGAUGCUGGCGCCGCUGGCGUGGACCGGCGCAGAGAGAAGAGAAACAGCUGAGCGGAACGACGUAGAAAAUAUAUGGCGUACCAGUGGUGCCUUGUAUAACUUUUGAAAUUCGGACACUUUUCUUUGAAAUAUAUUAUAGGGCAGCGGUGGGAUAGCCCUUGUGCUUUUCUGUGAGAGUUCGGGAGUGAUGUGAAUGCGAUGGAUCGUGAUAGUUACUCCAGUAGCUCGAGCUCCAGAUCGAGUUCAGCGGAUGGGAACUACAAGCGCAGACAGAAGCGUACUCGAUCACCUUCCAAAGCGUCCCGAAACUUAAGCGCACCUGGUACGAGCCGGGGCAGCGACCAUAAGUCAUGUACGCCAUCAAAUACACCUCCGUUAUCAAAAUCCAACGAUACUGUGAGCAGGUUAGAAGCGUUGGUGGAAAAGUUGAUUAAGCACCAAACAAAGGCGAAAGACAAACACCAUCGUGGAAUUAGGGUUGCUAUAAAACCGGAAAGUAUACCCGAGUUCACGCCUGGAAAUCCAAAUUUGAGUUCAGCGAAAUGGAUCGCAAAAAUCGAACAGUUGGCAAAAAUUAAUAACUGGGAUGAGCCAACCAUGAUAUUUUUAAUGCAGAGUCGUCUAAGUGGAUUAGCUCGACGCUGGUAUGAUAAUUUAUCAACAUAUCGACUGAGUUGGAAAGAGUGGAAGAAAUUGCUCGUAAAAUCCUUCCCUGAACACAGAGAUUUCGCCACUACGUUACGUGCCCUCGUAAAUCGGAUGAAGUUGCCUACAGAAUCAUGGGAAAGAUAUUACUUUGACAAGGUAGAACUUACAAAUGCUUGCGAUAUUAAUGGACAUAGAGCCGUGUCGUGUAUUAUUGAUGGUAUUGAAGAUCCAAGCGUCCAAGCAGGGGCCAGAGCAGGUAGAUAUACGAGCCCAGACCGGCUCUACGCUGAAUAUAUCUCUGUUCUAAAACCUGAAAAGUCCGUCUCGAGCACGACUGUAGCGAAAACUGCGUUUACAACUGCACAUCGCCGUCCUUUGAGCGAAAGGGAGCGAUCGAAUGAGCCGCCUCCAAAAAAAGCGAAACCACCGGCUAGAAGACCCCCAAAAUGCUAUAACUGUAGGGAUGAGGGUCACUUUGCCGAUAAGUGUCCGAAACCCAAAGUGGAAUGUGCCAGUUGUAAGCGGUUGGGCCACCUUACAAAAGAUUGCCGCAGGCAGUCCAUCAAGAAUCAAGUUGUCCUUGAGAAAGACUUGGCACCCGUCAACAGUAGUUAUUUUUUUGACUGCUGGGUUAAUGAAACGCCCUCCCAGGCAUAUGUUGAUUCGGGGUGCGGCGCUGUUCUAAUCCGGGAAGAUACCGCCAACAUGCUGAACAUGGAACGCAGUCCCUGCACGAAAUAUGUAAUAGGUUACGGCGGAGUAGCCACGAAAACUCUCGGAAAACUGAUCAUCCGACUCAAGAUAGAUGGUGCAGAGGCUGAAGUUGAGAGCCUGAUAGUACCCAAUACUGCUCAAGAAAUUCCUGUGCUGGUGGGCCAAACUUUCUUAAAUCAAGAUGAGAUCAUGAUGAUUGUUUCUGGACAGACCGUACGAGUUACCCGAAGAGGAAGUGACUUGUGCGAAACUCUCGAUGUUCCUCCCAGGAAAAUUCCUUUAUGGGCAAAGGAAUCAAUCGUGUUAGAACCGAGAACGGCUCUCGUCGCCGUGACUUCUCGAGGUGCCUGUGCCGACGACGUAUACGUAAAAGGUGGCUUACGACCGCUGCCUGAUGGAGAACACGUCGUACACGAAUGUAUUACAAAGGGGGAGGAUGGCUACGUCGCCAUCACGAAUCUUUCGUACCGGCAUAUCGAGGGCAACUCGCUCCACGGGGACGCGGAGGCUGGUAGCGUAGCCGACUGUUACCGCUGCCGCCACGUGGCCGCCACUGGACCGGCCCCCGUGAUGCUGGCGCCGCUGGCGUGGACCGGCGCAGAGAGAAGAGAAACAGCUGAGCGGAACGACGUAGAAAAUAUAUGGCGUACCAGUGGUGCCUUGACAGGUACGUCACUGAGAACUGUGAUGGAAAAAGCAUUUGGUUGGCUGGUUAUUACUUCUUUGUCUUGGGUGAUCGUUUCAAAUUCGGGGAUUAGUACUUCCAUCUCAUACAUGAUCAGCAUGUGGGGCAGAAUGAGUUGGGGCGGAUUGGGGUACCUACCCCAUUCUACCCCAGUGCUGAGACCACGUUUAUUCGCUAUGGUUCGUGAUUACGUGCGGAAAACAGAGAGGCAAAAUUGGUCAGUUCAAUCGAUGAAUCAAGCGGUUUUGGCAGUAGUCAAUGAAGAAUUGGGUUACAAAAAAGCUGCGACUCAAUUUGGUGUUCCACAAACAACUCUCGAACGCUAUGUUAAGAAAAAAAAACAAGCCAAAGACAAUUUUAAAAUUGACAAAACAGCUGGAAAAUUUCGUCCAGUUUUUACACAUGAACAAGAGCUAUAA